GCCUUCCGGCUAUAUCUGGCAGAGCGCGUCUUUUUUUUUGACGCUAGACGUUCGCAUUAACAUCGCUCGAGAGUUCUAUUAUCUGCUCAAGCACAAUGGGAAUAGAGGAGGAAACAGACCGGACACUAUUCAUAAGGAAUUUGGAUACAAGAGUAACGGAGGAGCUUUUGUUCGAACUGUUUGUUCAGGCGGGACCUCUCAUCAAAACUAAAAUUCCAAAAGACCCAGAUGGGAAACAGAAAACAUUUGGUUUUGCCGUUUACAAGAACGAAGUGUCUGUACCAUACGCCAUGCAGCUAAUCGACGGGACAUCGCUGUACGGGAGAACCAUUCACGUGCAGUUCCGAUCAGGUAGCAGUCACAGCAGCAGUCCAGGGAACUCGCAGAAUACAAAUCCUGCAAAUAUCCCAAAUCCGCAUGGCCAGAGGACCCCAGGACAGUUCAGUUCUCCUCCUCCCACCCUGAUGCAGAGGUCUUUUUCAUCUCCCGAUAAUCUGCAGAAGCAUGUCAUGAUGAACAACAUGAUGUGGCUCCACAUGCCGCAGCUCGAGCAGGCGAACGACGGCUUCUCCAAGCCUCUGCAGAGGCAGCAACCCACAGGGGGGAACUCUGGCGGAGGAGGCUCGAGGCAACACGACGGCGCCCCCUACCGGCAGUCGAACAGCGGUGGCAGGAACCAGCGCUACCCAGAAGAGCCAGCUCCUGGCCGCCAAGGCCGGGACAGUUACCACCAUCAGAACGACAGUUAUCACCAUCAGAACGACAGGAGUGGCAACCGUCACCACGGCAACAGAGGUGGCAACAGACACCACGACGAUAAGGGAGGCAACCGUGACCACCAAGAUAAUAGGUGGCGGCGGUACUAAGACGCGUAAAGACUUCCAUUGUUCACACAUUUGUGGGACGGCGUACAAAAAAAAAAUAUGUUGUUCAAUUCACAUGUUUUCUCAGGUUGUCUGGCCAUGAUGCCACCAAUUUGAUGAUUUGAUAACUUAUGCCUUCGACAUUUUUGUUUUUACUUUUAAGGCGUUUUAAAAUGUGUACACUUCUUUUAUGUGAGCUUUUCCUCACAAAUGUCUCAAUUAUUUUGAGCUGUGUUGAGGGCAAGGGGAGAAGAAGAAAAAAAGUAAGACAUGCCUAGUCGUCAUUUUGAAAGACGAAGGGAAAUGUAUUUAAAAGAAGAAAAAAAAGAUUUGUAGAAUUCUGGCGAGUUUUUAUUUUAUGCAAAACAAUAUUUAUCCGGUGCUCUCAGAAAUUCUUCAGGUACUUUGCGGUAGUAACUGAAUGUUCAGCUAAAGAUUCCACCAGCAUCACUUUUACAGCAUUGGGGCCCCAUCCUUUCUUAAUCAUGUCGGAGCUGUUGACCUUGCUCUUUCCUAGAGAAAAAUGGGCUUUGUUUCGAGUUUUUUAUUCUGAGUCUGUAAGACUAACUGUUUUAAAAUGGAACAUUUUCAUUAUUAUAAAGCUCCCUUCAUUUGA